UCUGGACAAAAAAUUCCAAAAAAUUAAAAUUCUUCAUCAAAUACUCAAAACUUUUACUCCUCCGUACUUCGCAUUAACGUAUUAAACUCCUCCGCACUUCAAAAAAAUGAUGCUUUGAACAUUUUCCUCCUACUAUGGUGAUUUUUUCAAACUAAUUCGCUUAAUUUUCUUAGAGUAAGAGAAGCUUCUGGUGAGAGUGUGGGAUCAGAUUAUCAAGAAUAUGGGUAGAUCCACUUACAUAGGAAUUGCUGCAGCAUUUGCAUUUUCUAGUUUUGCCUUCAGAUUCUUCCUCAAACCCCAUCAACAUCAUCAACCUUCGAGAUUAUUCACUGUUCAAGAAUUGUCCCUUUAUAAUGGAACUGACGAACAAUUGCCUAUCUUCUUGGGAAUACUGGGUUCGGUAUUUGAUGUGACAAAAGGGAAAUCACAUUAUGGUGUUGGAGGAGCUUACAAUCAUUUUGCUGGAAGAGAUGCUUCACGUGCGUUUGUUUCCGGAAAUUUUACAGGUGAUGGACUUACUGACACACUACGUGGACUAUCUAGCAGUGAGGUAAAAAGUGUUGUAGAAUGGCGGGAUUUCUUUAUCAAAACAUACACAUUUGUUGGUAGAUUGGUGGGUCGUUACUAUGACUUUCGCGGGAUACCUACCAAGUAUUUGAAGAAUGCAGAAGCGAAGGCAGCUAGGGGUGCCCAGUUGCUGGAAAAGCAGAAAAAAGAAGAAAAAAAGAUUCCAAAUUGCAACUCAAAGUGGAGUCAACAUGAGGGUGGGGAGGUUUGGUGUGACGAUGGCUAUCCAAGACUGAUGCAGAGACCCUUAGAGAUCGCAUUGACAGGGAAAAUGAGCAAGCGUUGUGUAUGUUUGAAAGAAGAAGAGUUUCAACAACCAGGCUUGGAAGUCUAUGAAGGAUGUGACUAUCAUGCCAAAGCAUGCAAAGUGUAGAUGGAACAUUUUUUUCAACGUUCUUCACUAGUAGUAUUAGAAGUAACAGGUUUAUAAAAGCUAUGUAUGGAGCAUAAACCAGCAUUCAUGACGUGAAGAUCGCUUGUGGUAAAGUCUUCAAUCGACACUAAUACUACCAUGGUUAUUAAAGUCCUGAUGUAUGAUUCUCAAUCCUAAAACACAUCAUUAGUCCGACUUUUAUCUAACUAAAUCACAUUGGUAUAAAAGUUAGCACUAUUAUUACACAUUAGUAUUAUACGAAGUAUAAAAGUUACCAUCAAUGACAUUGGUAUAAAA